UGGGGGUUGACCAGUUGACCAGUUGACCAGUCUCUGCUUCUCCGCUCUCCUACAGAAAGAGCAGGAGUAAGCAAAAAUAGCAGGAGUCGGCAAAAAUGGCAGGAGCCGUCAAAGCUAAGGAGCAGCCCGGAGAGAUAAAAAAUUAUAAAGGCUUCGUCGCCGGGGUCUUCUCCGGAAUUGCAAAGCUGUCAGUCGGGCAUCCCUUCGAUACCAUCAAGGUGAGACUGCAGACGACCGACAGCACCCGCUUCUCUGGACCGCUCCAAUGCCUCCUCCAGACAAUUCGCCAUGAGGGCCUCGCCGGCUUGUACAAGGGGGCCACUCCGCCCCUGGUGGGAUGGAUGUUUAUGGACAGCAUCAUGCUGGGCAGCCUGACCGUUUACCGGCGCCUCCUCCGCGACCACAUCUUCAACCCGCCGCUGCACCCCCUCCAUGACCCAAACCUGCCGCUGCCGGCCCACGGCCACGGCCUGGCCGGCAUCCUGGCCGGAUCGACGGUCUCGUUUGUCGCCGCGCCGGUGGAGCACGUCAAGGCCCGGCUACAGAUCCAGUACGCGGCCAAAAAGAGCGAGAGGCUCUACAGCGGGCCGAUCGACUGCCUGCACAAGAUAUGGCGCGCGCACGGCCUCGGGGGCCUGUACCACGGCCUGACCGCCACGCUCCUGUUCCGGAGCUUCUUCUUCUUCUGGUGGGGCAGCUACGAUGUGUUCAGUCGCUGGCUCAAGAACUCGACGAGCCUGAGCGCGCCAGCCAUCAACUUCUGGGCUGGAGGGCUGAGCGCUCAGGUCUUCUGGCUAACGAGCUAUCCCAGUGAUGUGGUCAAGCAGCGCAUCAUGACGGAUCCGCUGGGCGGAAGUCUAGGCGACGGCACACGGCGUUUCAGGUCGUGGAGGGAAGCGGCGGUGGCCGUACAUAGGGAGGGCGGGUUGAGGGGCUACUGGCGAGGGUUUUUGCCGUGUUUUUUAAGGGCAUUCCCGGCCAAUGCAAUGGCCUUGGUUGCAUUUGAAGGCGUUAUGAGAACACUGCCCUAGAGUGGCAGGCGGAAAAGUGGUGGUGGGGAGGGGGGGGGGUGCAUCAUGCUUGGAGCAGACAGUCGCAAGGUCAUUGAUACCCAGACAUUUCACGAGAGCUUAUAGACAACCCAUCUCCAAUCAAGUUCGGCGGGACCAGAUAGUACUCA